UUCUUAGUUCUUACACCACCACACCGGCCAUUAACGCGGGGUCGUGAAAGAAUUGUUAUUGCCAUCAUGGCAUGUCGAUGAUCGAAGUCGGACUGCUCGGAGACGGUAGUCAACAAAGCGUUGCCGCCCGCUUGAAAGAAUCUCGGCUGCAGCCUGCACGGCGGUGUUUUCCAUGCACGGGCCGGUGAUCCAUUGAUGCUUGUUUUCUAUGUGAAGGAGCCAAGAGUAAAGACAAAGUUCGGUGGAAUCUCUGCAGCGUGUCAGUAGAAAGAGAAGUGGAGGAGAUGGACAGCGAGUUGAACAGAAAGCUUCUAGAGCCGACAGAAGAGGAGGGGGAGAAGUUGAAGAGCAAGAUAUGGGGAGAGUCUAAAAAGUUAUGGAUCGUAGCUGGUCCCUCCAUAUUCACCAGGUUUUCGACGUUUGGAAUUUCUGUCAUCAGCCAGGCUUUCAUUGGACAUAUUGGCGCCACGGAAAUGGCCGCCUAUGCCCUCGUUGGCACCGUCCUCCUGAGGUUCGCUAAUGGGAUCCUGUUAGGCAUGGCUAGUGCACUAGAAACUCUAUGUGGGCAGGCAUACGGUGCUAGGCAAUACCAUAUGCUAGGUGUUUAUCUUCAAAGGUCAUGGAUUGUUCUAUUCAUUUCUUCAUUAUUUCUACUUCCAGUCUUCCUUUUCACAACCCCAAUUUUGAGGUUCUUAGGCCAGGAUGAAGCUAUAGCUGAGGUGGCGGGGACAAUUGCACUGUGGUUGAUCCCUGUGGCAUUUUCAUUCAUUGUAUCCUUCACCUGCCAAAUGUUUCUCUCAGCACAAAGCAAAAACAUGAUCAUCAGUUACUUGGCAGCAUUUUCACUUUCAAUCCACAUCUUUCUGUCAUGGCUUUUGACAGUCAAGUAUAAAUUUAGAGUUCCUGGUGCAAUGAUAUCAACAAUCUUAGCAUACUGGAUACCAAAUAUAGGACAGCUUCUAUUUGUUAUUUGUGGAGGAUGCCCCGAAACAUGGAAGGGUUUUUCAUUCCUUGCAUUCAAGGAUCUUUGGCCAAUUAUCAAGCUCUCUCUUUCAUCUGGUGCCAUGCUAUGUCUUGAGCUCUGGUACAACACAGUGUUAGUUCUUUUAACUGGCAACAUGAAAAAUGCUGAAGUUGCCAUCGAUGCUCUUUCUAUCUGCCUCAACAUCAAUGGAUGGGAGAUGAUGAUAUCUCUUGGUUUCUUGGCUGCAACAAGUGUGCGGGUGUCAAAUGAGCUUGGGAGAGGGAGCUCUAGAGCUGCAAAGUUUGCAGUUGUUGUGGCUGUUCUUACAUCAUUAGCCAUUGGACUUGUGCUAUUUGUUUUUUUUCUAUUUUUUCGUGAGAGGCUUGCUUAUAUAUUUACAGAGAGUCGUCAAGUGGCCAGAGCUGUUGCUGAUCUAUCACCUCUUUUAGCUUGCUCCAUACUUCUAAAUAGUGUUCAACCAGUGCUUUCAGGGGUUGCGGUUGGUUCAGGCUGGCAAAGUAUUGUAGCUUACGUGAAUUUAGCCUGCUACUACCUAGUAGGAAUUCCUAUAGGAGCUGUGCUUGGUUAUAUCUUCCAUUUUGACAUUAAAGGAAUUUGGAUGGGAAUGUUAUUUGGCACUUUUGUUCAAACUCUUGUACUUGUUUACAUAACCUUGAGGACUGACUGGGAGGAGCAGGUAGCACUAACUCGUCAACGUGUGAACAAGUGGUUUGUACCAAGAUCAAAAGAAUCAAAUGGUAACACACAGAAUGCGUGACAUCAUCACAUUUUGUUGGAAGAAAAAGGACUACUUUCUAUGCAAUUAGCAACUUGGUAGGUUGCAUUUUGGACAUGAGAAGCUGCUUUACUAGAAACAAGAAGCUACAAGGCCACGAUUGGAUAUUGUUCUUCUUGUUAUUUUUCAAACUUUAAAUUGUUUAUAUAUUUAUUUUUUAAAAUAAACACUAGGUUGAUACAUGUAAGGAUGUGGGAAUGUUUCAACUUGUUAAACGUUGACUCUUACAAAGAAA